GCGGGCCACAUGUUUGAUUUUUACAUACUCAGAUUGGGUGUCAACCUAAGUAGUUUUAGGAGACUGGAUAGUCGUUUUGCCGAAUAUAAAAUGGCACCAGUUGAUUGCUAAUAAAAAGAGAGACAGGCUUUUUGCUCGUAGUUACAGAAAGAGGGGAAAGAGUUUUCAUUUUUUCCCAUCUCGCUGCGCCGUUUACUAUCAAGCAAAAGGUUAAUAAUAACUACAUGUACUGGUACAUUUUAGUCCCAUGAAACAACGGGACACAGUUCCUUUUCCAUAAGCUUUUGAAAAAAAAAUGGAAAAGAUACUGAAAUUAAAAAAAGUCCUCACGACUGACAUUUCUCCAACAGAAAUAAAAAUAAACACUUUUCGAUCGCCAAAAGACGAGAUACCCAAUCUUGUUUUGUCUACAGGAAGGUGUGUGGUGUUUGAAACAAAACCAAACCAAUCCAGUCUUGGGCCAAGCUUUGUAGUUUGACCAAGAAUGGGGAAGCUAUCAUGCAGAAAUUGCAUUGUUUGUUGUAUGCAACCGUCUGUGGUAUGUGAGUCUCGCCUUCAUAAAGAUUUAUUUAUAUUCGACUGGAAAUUCCCAGGGGUGUUUUCAUAAAGGACAAAAAAGACUUACUGUAUAGAUACACAGGGAGCAAUUGUACAAGUUGCAAGGACUAUUAAUGUUACGGAGGGCCUAUCUGUGAUUUUUUAAGGAGAAAGGCAAGCAGGUAAACCUUUUUAUUGCUUUUAGUAUUUACAGAGAGUAAUAACCGAAUGUUAUUUCUGCUAUUAAGUGACCUUCAAUCAUUUUGAAUCUAAAAAUGCUUUCACAAAGAACGGCCUUCAAUAAUCUUAACUUUACUAUAGAAUAAACCAUACAAUGCCGCCAAAAUCAAUCACUUUCGAGACAGGUAAACGCAUGCUGUGAACUUUAUACAGUGCAUAUGGCCAAACACUUUGCAAUAAUGUAUGUCCCUUUAAGUUCCAAAGAAUGGAGAUCCUCCAACGCUUGUGGGUGCGCCACAUUGUUGGUGCAGAAAAGCAGUGUUUGCGCAAAAUAAUCAUAUGACGCAGGUCAAGGUUUUCCAUGAAAUAUUUGUUCUGGUGACUUCUAUACAAGGUGUCAGGGCUGAUGUCACUUCCACUGUUAUGACUGUUUGGUAGUAACAUAACCAGUGCAACUUUGUACAUUUCUCUGGGGGAAAUAUUAAAACUUGGGCUUUGCUUAUGAGCUUAAUAACGUUAACCCUAACACUCCCCAGUCCUCCAACAGGUGAAGGAUUAAAGAGGGUUAGGGUUAAUGUUUCUAAUUAUGAACUUGGGCUUUGCUUAUGAGCUUAAUAACGUUAAUGUUUCUAAUUAUGAACUUGCAUGGGCGCCCUGUGUCCUAGGCAUUAUACUUUUUACACCUUACAUUGCUUCAAGCAUUAUCUGAUCUUACAUUGCAUUAUGUUCCAUUUUCGUCAACACUGGUCUCUGCCCCUAAAAUGUAAACAUAUCAGUGGAAUCGUUUAGAGCUUCUUACCUUGUCUUCCAUAACAGAAAUGUUUCUGCAAAGCAGUGACGAUUUAGUUUCUGUCAUUUUUACCAACGAGAACUGCACCGUGCACAGAUUUACACCGUUGUGAAAUAUAACAUUCUCCACAGAGAUUAUGGCUACCUCAUUCAUUUUCUUUCUUACAUAGGCCUACAUAAUCAUUUUCUAAACCGGCAUUCUUAGAGUUUUACCGUUUUCCAAGUGAGGUUUUUCCUAGUUUUUGGACCUAAGAGCAGUCAACAAGUUGUUACAAGUUAGAAAGAAUUUCAUUUCAACCAGUGUGAAGAAACUGUUUCUUAGAAAAUAUUCAGAACAAUACCACACAUGCAGAUAUAGAGAUCAUGUCGGCAUUUUAAUGGGUCUAAGGAUGGACUCGUUCAACGUUUGUUCAAAAUAAUCAACAACAUAGGUAAACUUAUGUUAAAAAUUAACCACAUGGUUUCCUUAGGAAAAUGUUGAAGAUGAAUCAGAUAACAGAAUUCCGUCGAUCAUUACUAAAGACGAACUCAUAAAAAUUUAUUUAUAUCCGACUGGAAAUUCCCAGGGGGUGUUUUCAUAAAGGACAAAAAAGACUUACUGUAUAGAUAUACAGGGAGCACCUGUACAAGUCGCACGGACUAUUAAUGUUACGGAGGGCCUAUCUGUGAUUUUUUAGGAGAAAGGCAAGCAGCAUGAACCGUCUCGUGAAGGUCCGAUUUUCCUGGCUUGCUGUCUGCAUGCUCUUUGCACUUCUUGAAAUGCAGGUGUCUGCUGUGGAUCUCCAAUUACCAGACAUCGAUAAGCCGACAUGCUCUGGGAUCUCAAGAGGUAAACACUUUGUAAUUGGCUUCACCGAUAACACCAACGAGUACUUAGAUACGAGGCAACUUUACAUUCUCGUGGUCGCGUUCAGUAAUCAACAGACGGACGUGACGAUCAGCAGCAAGUUUCUACUGGACGAACGGAAGUAUCAAGCGAGCUUUGUCAUAGAGGCAGGUGGAUUUCGGCGAGUCACUGUUCCAGUCGAACUGACCAUGAACGGCGAUGAAAGAAGCAUGAAAGGAAUCGACAUUAAGGCCUCUAGUGAGGUAUCUGUGUACGGUCUGAUAUAUCAGGAUUACACUACUGACGGUUUCCUUGGUAUACCCACAAAUAAUCUGGGCAUGCAGUACGUCGUGGUGACACCAACUGGAAACGUACUACCAUCACAAUUUGCUGUCAUUGGUACAGAAGAUGUUACUUCAGUCCAGGUCAUUUUACGUGGUGCUGUUACGUUCGAAGGGAAAAUAUACAAUGCAGGUGAUGUGCUGACCUUCAUGGUGGACGAGUUAGAGGCUGUUCACAUUCAAGGGCGCGAUAGUGGACAGGACUUGACGGGGAGUAUCGUUCAGGCCAACAAGCCAGUAUCUGUGUUCAGUGGCAAUGAAUGCGUGCGCCAAGGAGGCUCAGCUUGCGAUACCGUGACGGAGCAGUUGGUACCCGUGAAAAGUUGGGGACGGAAACACAUCUAUACGGCAGCUCGAGAAACUGACAGGAACAUUUACAAGUUGGUGGCCUAUUUUAACGGGACAGUUGUUUCCAUUCCGGGUCUUCGAGAUCGGUCUUUGGACCCAGGAGAAUUUUGGGAGGGAGGCUUGUCAGGUUCAGGUGUCGUUUACUCGAGCAAGCCCAUUCUUAUGAUGCAGUUAUUGGCAAACAUAAAUGGUAGGACUGUCGACCCUUCAUUCAUUCAGGUUCCUGCAGAAGAACAAUUUGGUUAUGUGUUUGGAUUCACGACACCCCCUCAUUCAGGAGGUGAUUCUGGUGGUUACUUCAAUUUCUUCAAUAUCAUUGUGAGAAACGAUUCCCGACAAAGUGUUUACAUUAAUGGAUAUCCCAUCAACAGUACGAAUGUUUUUGAGAGGUACAUUCCUGACACGAAUUACCUGUCACUUACAAUUCAGCCUCCGAAAGGGGAAGGUGUCUACUUUGUCGAGCAGACAAACCCGGAGUCGUCGCCUCUUUCCAUCACUGUAUUUGGGUAUGAAAGUUCCGAAUCUUACGGCUAUGCUGCUGGCUUGUCUCUUCCAAGCAAUACGCAUUUGCUGAGUUUUACACCGUACUAUCUGCGAGAACUUGGGGGUGAGAUUUUCACGAUUACCGUUUCAUGUUUGCAGACCAACGCCAUAUUCUAUCAGGAUGCAAAGUGCAGAUUUUCCACUGGGUUUGGAGACGUUGAGGUGCCCGGUGAACGUACCGACUCCUACACUGUCAUCUGUAUCACUCCCACCUUUUACAAAAACGGACUAACAUCUGUUUAUGUCUCACUUGACAACGGAAAAUCGUUUCCUUACUCUGGCAUCGUCUAUGUCGCUUCCGAAGAAGACCUUCCUCCACUAGUCAAUGUCCAACAGAUGAAUUCUGAGUACGGCAACGACAUCAUUGACCUCACUUCAAAAUCCCCAAUCUUGUUAUCCUGGGAUCCUCGUAGUCUUGGUGAAAACGUCUCGCAUGUAACUGUAAUGAUCCAAGACACCGAUUAUAACAGUGAUGGAAAUCCUGUCUUAAUGGGGGGUGUUGCAUUGAAAACAAACGUCCCUAACAACGGAAUUCUGACGAUAAAUCCCAGCGACUUCACAUCCCUCUCAGAUGCUGGAGUGUCCCUCUCAGCUUUGUACCUUACUCCAUAUGCUGUGCGAAACCGAAUUUGGCCAAUUAUACGACUAGGAAUGAGAAUUUAUAAGCUUUUAAAAACUGUAACUAAGGUUGCCUGUUUCAUUUCCAAGUUUACGUUCGGUAAUGAUAUUCCUGAUGACCUUCCUUCUUGUCCCUGCGAUACAACUCAGGCCGAGGGUGAUUUGCUGAAUUUCCAGCGGGAAGACAGUCUAUUUAACUUCAUAAUCCAACCCGGUGCGGAUGUCUGUUACCGGUCAAUUAAUUCAUUUUCAUCGCAAGGAGGCCAAAAGUGUUGUUACCGUAAAGAUGGAAACAUACUAUUAGUCCCCCCUGGGGCAGGAACAGCCGAACGAUACAGUGCCGUUCACCAUCCCUGGCUGCAUCUGUGGUAUGACGUUCUUCCGUGGUUUUGCUUGUGCAUUCGGUCAAACAAAUGCAAGGAGUUCUACAAGAACAGACCAUCAGAUGACUGCUCCGGCUACGAUCCACCUCGACCAGCCGGAGGAACUGGGGAUCCUCAUCUCACUAGUCUGGAUGGAUACAAGUUUACCUUCAAUGGAGCUGGAGAAUUCCUGAUGGUGUCGUCUGACCUACAUAACCUAACCUUCCAAGCCCGGAUGGAGAGGUACCGUAACACCAAUGCUAGCGUGUACACAGCAUUCGUUCUUCAAACCAAUGACUCCUCCAAAGUCCAGGUACAGAUGUCUAACAUGAAUGAGACACUGAUUCUUGUAGAUGGUGAACCUUUGCGUCUUGACUCAAUCCCAGUCCGAGUUCAUCACCUCGAAGGGGUUCAAGUCAGCUUUAACUCUGACCUGAGUAAAAUUAACAUCGCAUUUAGUGCUGGCAUAGCUAUCAUCGUGUACAUUGAUCCCGAGAUGAUGUCUUUCAUCGCUCAGUUGGACACCAAAUUUCAGGGUCAAGUUAGAGGACUUCUUGGUAACCUAAAUGGAAACCCAGACGACGACCUUCAGUUCCCAAAUGGAACCGUCAUGGAUCCUGGUUCAUCGCUGAAGGAACUUCAUGAGUUUGGUCUGGAGUGGUUAGUCAAAGAAGAUAACUCAAUAUUCAGCUACAUAUCGCCAUUUGACUACAGCACUUAUCACUUUCCUGAAUUUUCUCCUACCUUCGAGGUUCCUGAUGUGAAUGAAGUGAGUCAGGAAAUUAAAGGCUUUUGUGGAGAUUCUAUUGAAUGUGUCUUUGAUGCAGUGGUCACUGGUAGUCUGUCCUUUGCGAAUGAAACCCUUAUGGCCACAAAUACAAUUAAUGAAGUCCGAAAGGGACUGGUCAAGAUUGUCAGCUGUGGCUUUCCGGGUGAUGUAGAGAAUGGGCAGAUGUGGGGGUCUGUGUACCUGGUGAAUGCAACUGUAAAUGUGACUUGUAACGAAAACUUCGCCUUGGAAGGGUCUUCCAGACUGACCUGUCAAGCGGAUGGUCAGUGGUCAUCUGACCUGCCUGUGUGCGUUUUCACAGGAGACAGGGGGGACGCUCCAAAAGGGCUAUCUGCAGGCGUCAUAGCUGCCAUUGUCGUUGGCACCUUGAUUAUUGUACUUGUGGUCGCUGGUGUGAUUUACUUUUUGGCUCGGAAAUAAUAAGUUCAUAUUCAUUUCUAAAAUGCAAGUUCUUAUCCCAUUAAUACCAUGUAAGCUGCAAACAAAUCCCAACUUGUACAGCUUGCACGAAAGUUUACUUUCACUUGGACUGUAUCAAUUUUAAUCACAAGACAAAAUAAAAAUGACAUGUUUUAGUUACAAGACAAUCCGAAAAAAAAUGCAUUUAUUAAUUAAUGUGGCGACCGUUUCUGUUUUCCGGUUGAACUUUCGAAGCCUCUACUUUAGUUUGAUAGUUUACUUUCAUGUUUUUAUCAAUAAGGUUAAUGAGCCGACUAAUGACCUUCGGAAAAGAGUGAUUAAGAAUUUACAGUGCGUCGAUUCCAAGUGUAUGAAAAAAUUUGACCACAAGUGGACGUAUGAAAUGUAUCCAUUAGUUGCUGAGAAAAAGGACACAAAUGCUUCAAAUGUUUGGCUAAUAGUCUGAAACCGAGAUUCAAAUCGAAAUUCAAUUUUUUUUAGUAUUUUCUACAUAUAUUCAGAUGUUACGCCAGUUUUAAUUGGAGAUUAAUUGCUCUAUUAUUUUGAUUAAUGAGGUGCUUUUUAAGGAUAGUAGUAUGAUCUAUUAUAGCUGCUUUGAAGCUGACGAAAAGUUGUAUACUCCGCUGAAAUGCACGUUGAAUGCUGUUGAAUUAUACGUUACUGGAUUUUGGUGUUAAUCACUGAAUUUCUGUCAACGGAAGACACCAUUAUUCUUUAAUACUUGGCUUUAUGAAUUUUGUUCAUGAACAGCUGUAGUCGUAGUUCAUUUUUGUAGGUUUUAAAUGGUUAUUUCUGACAUCAAAUCAUAAGGUCAUUAGCUUCGGAAUUCUGCCAGAAUUUUGUCAUGCGUAAUACUGAAUGCCACCAACACAACAGACAUAGAACGACAGUUGUGAGUCACGGAUUGCAUGUAUUUUGUUUUACUCAGAUAUGUUGAUCAAUUGUGUGUAUUUUGCUAGUAGUAUCUUAGCGUAAUGGUUUGGUAAAUUAGCCUUCGAUGUGCAGGUUUACCUGUUAAUGUUGAAUUAUUGCAUGAGCACUGAUUUUCUUAACAUAUACUUUCAUUACAAUGGUACUCAGAUUUUUCCAAAUCUAUUAGAGUUUGUUCAAUAUUUCAAGCUUGUCUAUUGCAGGAUAUUGUAUGAUUGUAAGUUACAGAUGAGUUUAGAAAGCAAGACAGACAUAAUUAGAUAUUCCGCUAAGGAAAAUUGCAUCCAGGCCAAUUGAAUAAUAAUAGCUGUCAGUGGUAUUUUUCAUGGAUUAACCAAGCAAGCAAUAAUCAUAUCAGCCAUUAAUUGUAGUUUUAUGAACCCCAAUAAAUGGUAUUUGUAUAAUUAAAUUUGUACUAUUAAAGUCUUCUGAUUUUACAAAUGCUAUCUGAA